AUGUGGGUUCCUAUAUACAUAUACGAUGCCUCUUGGAAUCUAGUGUCUCACUUUCCAACAAAAAAGGAUGCAGCCAAUUUUUUAAAACCGGGAUCAAGAAAGCUGUCUGCUGUUCUCAUAGACUCUCCACGAUUGUAUAAAAAUAAGUAUUACAUAAGAACAAAACCACACACUGGGACUCCCGAUGCUCCAAUAGAUGCAACCACACAAAACGACCCAGGUUUGGAUAAAGAACAAAAUACACAGCCUAUAGAACCUCUUCCAUCCGAAUCUUCCUCAAUCACAGAUGACAAAGACCAGAACAAGCUCGGAGAUGACCCUGAUUCGCCAUCAUCGGAGCUUUUGGAGGCAAUAAAUAUGUUUGCAUUCGAUCACUAUCAAGAGCGCGAUAUGCAAGAAAUUUUGGGUCGGAUGGAUGGCCCAGCAUUACACACCAUGGGCGUGCUUAUUCAGGAGCAGCUUUGUCAGUUGAUACAACCAGAAUGA